AAAGCGCGCACACGGCARCCGGAGAGAACCAGGAGACACAACAGAGCGCGCUUCGGGUCACCAUGGUKUUGGAAUUUUCUCCCUUCUAGCAGCGCACAGGUCGAACCGUGAGCUGCACGUGGGACGAUCCUCCCUCGCGCCUCUUUUAUCUGAGCUGAAAGUUUUCUCCAGGUUUUCAUGUUACCCACGGAGAUUUCUGGAGGAGUGUGUUUCACCUCAAGCGAUCACACUGAGGGAAGGAGAGAAGUUAUGAAAACAGAGGAGAACCAGCAGUCCUGUUUGCAGCAGCCUCCAUCCUCCACGCCUUUCGGUCCAGAUUACAGAGGAGGGGGAGAGCUGUGCGCGGGCUGCGAGUCUCCUAUCGCCGACCGCUUCCUGCUGCGCGUAAACGAGCGCUCCUGGCACGAGACCUGCGUCAAAUGCGCCGUGUGUCUGAGCGCGCUCAGCGGGACCUGUUACUGCAGGGACCGCCUGCUCUACUGCAAGCACGACUAUGAAAAGCUCUUUGUAAGGAAGUGCAGUGCCUGCCUGCAGGUCAUUGGACGCUCUGAGCUGAUAAUGCGGGUCCUGGGCCAGGUGUACCACCUGGGCUGCUUCAGCUGCUGUGAGUGUGAACGCCGACUGCAGAGAGGUGAUGAGUUUGUGCUGAAAGAAGGCCAGCUGCUCUGUCGCAUGGACUAUGAAAAGGAGAGGGAAAUGUUGGCUGCUAUUAGUCCCACACCGACUGAAUCAGACCUCAUCUCACAGGCACACACUGUUGUUAUCUGCUUUUCUUGCUCAGUGAAAAGUGAGGAUGAAGACGGUGGUGGAGGCUCCGGUGGUGGAAAAGGUGGCGAUGAGAGCAAGGAGCACAAGCGCUCAAAACGACCACGCACCAUCUUGACCACACAGCAGCGGCGAGCUUUUAAGGCCUCCUUUGAAGUAUCAGCUAAGCCAUGCCGGAAGGUGAGGGAGACGCUGGCUGCUGAGACUGGGCUGACGGUACGAGUUGUUCAGGUGUGGUUUCAAAACCAAAGAGCCAAGAUGAAAAAGAUUGCUCGUCGACAGCAGCAGCAGCAGCAGCAACAGCAGGAACAAGAGCAACUGGGAGGGACCAGGAGAGGACCAAGCAGAGGGGGCCGUCAAAGCAACGAUGACAGCGAGGAUGGGUCUAGUACUCAUGGCAUGGACGGCUUGCUGGGGUAUCCAUCUCUGCCACGUCAGCAGCUCCUCGCCCUGGACCCCAACAUCUACGGAGGAGAGCCAUUCCGACACGGGCUCACACCACCUCAGCUUAACAGUGAGCAGCUCCACUCCUAYGACUCGGAGACAGUCUUCCAUGAUUUGGAUAGUGACGGAAGCCUCAGUCACCUUGGCGACUGUCUCUUAGCAACAGGCGAAGGUGGUCUUUUAGCCGGGCGAGUGGGAAACCCCAUCGACCGUCUCUACUCCAUGCAAAACUCCUACUUCACCUCCUGACCCUUAUAAAACUGUGACCCUUUCCCCCCUCCUGUCCCACCUUUCACCUCAGAGAUGCAGCUAAUGGAGUCUGUCCAUCAACAUGCCUGUGGGACCAUUCUCAAUUAAACAUGCUAGAUCCGAACAUACUUCCCAGCUUUUUUUUCCACUGGCUAACAUCGCCCUGAGUUGUAUUAUCUCUAUACUGAUUGGCAUUUUGUUCCCACUUGCUUUGCUGAAAAGGAAUCACAUGCUGGAAUCACUGUAAAUGUUCAAGAUAAUGAACCUUUGUUUCUUCUGUAGUACUUAUAUUCAGUGUGAUGUAUUUCAUGGCACUUUCUAACAAAAAAUCAAAUUACGACAGUUAUAGGCUACCUAUCGAUGCGCGAGUUGACGUUACGUUUAUUUAUGAGUCUUGGCAGUUAGGAACAGCUCAAGGGUCUAAAUUGUGCCGUUGCAAAACUUGUUUUGCCAAGGCACGUUUCAAUAACCGUAGGUGACUGGAUCAUAUACAUUGAUGUAUAUGGAUUGGACAACAAUUUUGCUCUCAGGUUUGUGUGUAUGUUUGUGUAACCUGAGGCUCAACUCAGGAAAUUGUGCUACAGAGGAUGACAAUGUAAURUUCCUUUGACUUCUGAAACGCAGAAAACAAAGCAAAAGAAAYUCUCCAAAUUAUUAUUCCAGACUAUAUCCUUAGUUUUUGAUGCAUGUUGUGGACCAAAAAUCUUAUUUUGAAAYGGUAAAAAAAAGGUACUAAAUGACACUACAGGGUCAUUCAAAAAGCCUUAUGCAGAAACAGGGUCAUAUAGGUGAUAAAUGCUUUAGUUUGUCUUUUUAUUGUGUAAUCAGCAAGAAACAGCGUAGCAAAAUACAACCAAAAGAUGUACAAUGCCCCAAAUUUAGGACAAUGAGUCCAUGAUGAUGUUUUCCAAAUGUAAAUGUAUGACUGUGUUAAAAUUAAUUGUUGAAAUCACRCUAUGUAAUAAUACUAUUGGGUAGACAUUUUGUACCUUCUGUGAUAAUCAAAUAUUUAAACUACAGCAUGAUAUUUAAGUACCAUGAAGUAGSUUUAUAGAAACUAGCCUCCGAUUUUAAUUUGGAUAGCAGUUGUUGCUAAAAGCUUCAGAAUAGACUCAUCCAGUGGUGCAGGAUAAAAUAGGAUUAGAAUGAUACCCAUAUCAUUUAGAUGUUGGUGAUCAGCUACAGCCUGAGAUAUUCUUUUAUGAAAUUAUAUUUGAUUCUGAUAACUGACUCAUGGUGUUUUUACAGUGAUGUUAUUGUGAAUGUAAGUUAUUUGUGUGGUAUUAGAUGAGUUCUUAACUUACUAUUAUGUUCAGUGACUGCAAGGUGAUGUGCUUUGAAUUCGUUGCUGUAUCUUCAAUACAAACUGCUGUUUUAUCUUUGAAGUAAAAUUGCCUUAUUUGUUCGAAGUCCAAUAAAUGAUGAUACUCUGAUCACUUGCUUAUACGUA